GAAGCCAUCGUCUCUCUCUCCAGAGUCUAACCUUUUUAACGUAAUGAAAUUUCUGGCUUUAGGGUUUGGAUUCUGAUUAUUCAGGCGAAUUUCCGGCACCGGAAAGGUUUUCCGGGAUCUUUCCGGGGAUCAUCGAGCUGUUCUUUGGGGAAUUUGACUGAUCGCUGGUUACGAGGGGUUUUUAGGGCGAUUGUGGGUACCAGUGCUUUUUUGCCUGAGAUUUUGUGGUUCUACAGUUUCUUGGUGAUCUUUUUGUGGAGAAUUAGGGCUUAGAAGGAUCGGUUAAAGAUGGUGAAUUCUCUUGUCGAGAGGGCGACCAGUGAUAUGCUGAUAGGGCCGGAUUGGGCCAUGAACAUAGAGAUCUGUGAUAUUCUCAAUCAUGAUCCUGGGCAAGCGAAAGAUGUUGUCAGAGGAAUCAAAAAGCGCAUGGGAAGUAAAAAUCCAAAGGUUCAACUGCUUGCUCUCACGUUGUUGGAGACAUUGAUAAAGAAUUGUGGAGACAUUGUUCAUAUGCAAGUUGCAGAGAAAGACCUACUCCAUGAGAUGGUGAAGAUAGUCAAGAAAAAGCCUGAUAUGCAUGUCAAGGAAAAGAUAUUGACCCUUAUAGACACAUGGCAAGAAGCUUUUGGCGGGCCAAGGGCUAGAUAUCCACAAUACUAUGCUGCAUACCAGGAAUUAUUGCGUGCUGGAGCAGCGUUUCCUCAACGAACUGAGCGCACUGCCCCAAUAUUUACGCCGCCUCAGACACAACCUCUCACAAACUACCCUCAAUCAAGCAGUCCAGAUUACAGACGGGAUGUACCUGAACCGUCUGUGGCUUCAGAUCUUCCAACUUUGAGUUUGACGGAGAUUCAAAAUGCCCGUGAUAUAAUGGAUGUCCUCGCUGAGAUGCUAAAUGCUUUAGAUCCAGGCAACAAGGAGGGGCUGAAACAGGAGGUGAUUGUAGACCUUGUCGAACAAUGUCGUUCUUACAAGCUAAGGGUGCUACAGCUUGUGAACACCACUUCAGAUGAGGAGCUGCUAUGUCAAGGUCUGGCAUUGAAUGAUGACUUGCAGCGCCUACUGAAUAAGCAUGAUGCCAUCGCUUCAGGAACUGCUCCUCGUCAAGAGAAACCAAAGUCUCCUGCUCCUGCUUCUGCUCCUAAGGCACUCCUAGAUGUUGAUGAUCCUUCUACUUCAAAUGGAGUCCAGGAUGGGCGUAGGUCCUCUUCAAGUAUGAAUGCAGGGAGUCAGCUGCCCCUUCAGCAAUUACUACUUCCCCCUCCAUCAGCACCACAGGCUACCGCCCCUCCUGCAAGAGUUGAUCUGAACAUGGACCUUCUAAGUGGUGAAAACUACAAUUCCCCCACCACCACCCAAAAUCCUCUGCCAUCAUCAGCACUGGUUCCAAUUAAUGAAACCUUUACAGGCCCCUCAACACCUGUUGCUUCCUCUUCUCAGCAGCAACUUGUUCUAGCUCUUUCAGAUCCGUAUUCCCAGAACUCAAUGCCCUCUAUUCCUAAUGCUUUCAAUGACCAGUCUGUUUUUCAAGCACCGCAAGAAGCUUUUCCUUCGACCCCUCAGUUUCAACAACAAUCCCAGCCCGAACCUCAACCGCUACUUUACCCAAAUGGAAAUGGCCCCAUAAGCCAACAAGCCCAGCCUCAACCGCUACUUUAUCCCAAUGGAAGUGGUCCAAUAACUCAACAAGCCCAGCCCCAACCACUACUUUAUCCAAAUGGAAGUGGUCAGGUAACCAUGGUACCCCAGUAUGAGCAGGUCGGUUAUGCGCAAGGUGCAGUUAUGAAUCACACCAAUCCUGCUUGGAAUGCGCAGCCGCAGGCUCAUGUCUAUGGAUUAAGUCAACAAAGUCCCGGGGGCCUGCCACCACCACCAUGGGAGGUUCAGCCAACGCAAAAUAACCAACCGACCGGUUUCCCAAACAACCAACAGACUGGCUUCCCAAACAAUCAACCAACUGGUUUCCCAAACAGCCAACAGACCGGUUUCCCAAACAAUCAACCAACUGGUUUCCCAUAUGGCCAGAGAUUCGAGGCCCAAUUCCUUGAACAAGGAAGACCGGCUUACUCUUUUAUUACCCCUCAAGAGCUAACUCAAAGAACAUAUGGUCUCUCUCUUCAAGAUGAAAGGUACAAUAUGAGCCCCUACCAGAUGAGCACCUCUUCUUACUUGAACCAGCAGCCUAUGAAUAAACCAGCCAAGCCUGAAGAUAAGCUAUUCGGGGACCUGGUUGACUUUGCCAAAUCAAAGCCUAAAGCCACACCUAGCAAAGUUGGAAGUUUGUAAAUCAUUGUGAGUGGGUUUUCUCUUUGUUUCUUCACUUUUUGUCUCUCUUUUUUCUUUUGAAUUAUUUUAUUUUAUUUUGUUCAAAAUGGGUUUCUUUUGGUCCUCAUAUUUAUAUGUUUUAAUCAUUGAAACCAUCAUGUAGAUUGAGCGGUUUCGCUUUUGGUGUUCGUGGUUUUAGGUUUUCUUUGUGCUGGUUUUGGGCCCUAGCCUUGUCCACGCUUACCUAAUUUUUUUUUUCAAGGGGAAAAAAGAAGAAGAAAAUCAUGUAUAGUCUUCUCUUACAUGAUAUUAUUAUGAUUGUUUUGAUUUUUUGUAUAGGAAAAUAAAUGAGUAUUGAGGAAAA